UUGAAAAUAGUUUACUGAAGAAAGUAACGGUUUUAUUCAGAGGUUUGGCCGGAAAAGUGUGCACGAACUGUUGAAAUAAUAAUUUUCAAUCCUCGUUGAAAAAAACCUGGCUUUUUGCAUAAAUUAGUUUCAGCCGAACUGUUGACUUUGCAACAAAUUCUCUCUUAUCAUCCGGUGUAAAAAAAAACGUUGGUGAUUUGAUACCAUGUCAAAAGAAAAACAAAGAGUGGGAAUUGAAGAAUUCAGCGAAUCAACUGGAUUUCAAAUCGUUGACCAACCAGUUGAUGAUAUAGAUAUGAUUCGACAAACAUCAAUGUCCAAUGAUAUGGAUGACGAGGCAUUCUAUAUCUGCAAUAUUUCCAAUAUCAUUCAGAAGCAUCAACUUUGGAAGAAAUGCAUGCCACGUGUAAUUCCAUUUUACGCGGUUAAGUGCAAUGAUAGCCCUAUCGUGCUUCAGACUUUGGCCACACUGGGAACCGGUUUCGACUGCGCAUCCAAGGGAGAAAUUGCAAUGGUCAUGAACUGUGGUGUUGCUCCACAGUCGAUUAUAUAUGCUAAUCCAACUAAAUCGGUUUCACAUCUCAAGUAUGCCCGUGAAAGGGGCGUUAGUGUUAUGACUGUUGAUAAUGAUUAUGAACUUCACAAAAUCAAACAACACUAUCCCGAUGCAAAGUUGGUUUUACGCAUUCGUUGCGAUGCAAAAUUUACACGAUGGUUACCUUUUGGUAAGAAAUUCGGAUGCGAUCCGGACAAAGAAGCAGAAGGACUCAUUAAAUUGGCAAAAUCCUUAGAUUUGAACAUGAUUGGAAUAAGUUUUCAUGUUGGUUGUGGUUGUAUGGAGUCAUCCGCUUAUGAAAGGGCAAUCCAGCUGUCGCGCAAAUUGUUUGAUUUUGCCGCAAGUAUUGAUUACAACUUCACACUAUUGGAUAUUGGUGGUGGUUUUCCGGGUGAAAUAGGCACGGAUAUCGAGGAGAUUGCAUCGAUUGUGAAUCGCAGUAUAGAAAUGUAUUUCCCAUCACCAAAUGUUGAUAUUAUUGCGGAACCAGGUCGAUAUUAUGUAUCAUCAGCUUUUACAUUAGCUUGUCGCAUUCAUUCGAUGCGUAAAGUUUAUCGAAAUGGGAAAUUCGAUUCAUUCAUGUAUCACAUCAAUGACGGUGUAUUUGGAUCAUUCAUAAACUGUUUGUUUGAUAAAAGUUUUGCACAUCCCACGACAUUGAAGUCAGAGAAUGAGGAAUUGUUUAAAAGUAUCAUUUGGGGCCAAACAGCUGCUUCGAUUGAUCAGGUGUGUGAAGAUGUUCUAUUGCCAGAAUUGGACAUCGGCGAUUUUAUCAUAUUCCAAAAUAUGGGUGCAUACACUAUUCCGGUCGCAACCUCUUUCAACGGAUUCCCACGCUCAAAAGUCAAAUUCUACAUAGAUCGCAAACAUUUGAAUGUAAUCAACAAAAUCUGUAACAUCAAAGUUGGCAUCUGAACAAUCAUUCAAUUUUGUGCGGCCGUGACUGAUAGAAGUCAAAACAAUAUCAUGGGGAAAAAACAACACUGUUUUCCAAAAAAGCAAAGAAUACACGAUGUACAUUUCCUCAUUGUAAAUAAAAUGAAAUUUAAAAAAAA